AUGAAGGUACGAUCGGGCGAUGGCCCAGGUGAUUCCCUGAAGACGGCAGUACCGGGUACCGAGGGCGCAACAUCGGAUGCUUGUGUCCGUCCUCCAAACCGUCUCCUUGCCGUCGUUGUUUCCUCUAACCUCAUCAUCGAUGCUUUCCAGGGAACACCUCUAGCCCCUCCUCCGCUUCCACCUUUACUCCCACGGGGUCCAAAUCCACAUCGCCUCUUGGCCAUUCAACGUUGA